AUGUUACGUCGCGAGCGGGACGCGCAUCUGCGCACGAGGAAAAAGUAUGAAGAGCUCGGCGUGCACGCGACGGCUGUGUUGCGACAGCGCGAUGAAACUCGCGAAGCGCUCGAAGCGUCGACCACGCGUGAACGCACGGCGAAUGCGCGCGUAGAUGAGCUCACGCGUCGGCUCGAUGAAGAGCGCGCAACGAGCGAAACGCGACUGGAAGACGUGCGACGAUCUUCGGCGGAGUGGCGAGAGGCGCAAAUCGCGGAGGUGAACGCCUUGCGCGAAGCAGCGGAGACGAGGAUGCGCGAAGCCAACGAAGCGGCGUCACGCGUGGAAGAGCGCGUCGCUGCGAGAGUGGCAAAUUGCGAAAAGCGUCUGAGUGAAGCUGAGCGCGACGCCGCCCAACGCGCGAGGGAUGCCAUCGGGCGAUUCGGCGCGCUCGCGUCGUCGACUGAGGUACGAGCGACGCGUGAGGCGAACGCGUUGAAGACGCGCAUAGAAACAUUAGAAGAAGAACUUGCGACGGUAAAUCGCGAGCGCUCGAACGCCACGCACGCGGCGACAAUGGCAAAACGGGACAUGGACGAAGCCAUGGGACAGUUUGAAUCGUUUCGAGCAGAGCUCGCAAGCGCUCGCGACGUCAUUCACGCCCGUGAUGAAGCUCUGGCGACGACUCGAAGGGAAUUGCGGGCCAUCGAGAGCGCGCGUGAUGAUGCGCGGGCAAACCUGAAUAGACUCGAAAUCACAAACCGCGACUUGGAGAUGAAGGUGUCGUCUUUGGAAGAGGUCCUGGGCGACGUCGGCGGGCACAAGCGAAGCGUCAUGAUUUUGCGCGCGCGCGUGACGCAUCUCACGGCAGAAAUUCAAAGCGCGAAGGAACUCGCGGCAGACGCGAAGGCGAGGUUUAUAAAUGAACUGGGCGCGCUCAAGGCGCAGUGUGCGCAGGAUAUGCAAAGUGCCUUGCAUCGCACCGAGCAACAUUACAAGAGUCGAUUGCACGCGUCAAGCGAAGGUGUCGUCGCCGAGUUGCGACGUGAAGUCGUCGAUCUCGAGGGCGAAAUCGCAAAAUUGAAGCGUACGCACGCGCGUGAGUUGGAAGAUGCAUUGGCAUCUGAGCGACAGGCCGUCGCAAGCGCGUCCGAGUCAUCCAUACGGUCGUCUACGCAGCGCACGAUUGAGGCUGAAAAAGCCAAAGCCGUGGCUGAAUUGAGCGCGCGGGAGGCGCGCGAGCGUUUGGAGUCGUCCGUGAAGGACCGAGAAGCGAUGGAGGCGGCGCUCGUCGCCGCAAACGAACACAUCGCUGCACUCAAAGCUGAGCGCGCGACGUACGAAGAAAAGUUUCAGCGACUAAAGGGCGAGCUCGAAGAAUCCGAAGCCAACGUGCGAGACCUCGGGGCAUUGCUCAGCGUUCGCAAGACUUCUCUCGCGGGAGAAGAAGAGGAGGCGUUGUCUCAAAACGAGUCGAAUACGAUGCAAUCGCUCCAAAAACAACUCGAAGAGUCAAAAGCGGAAGGGUUAGCUGCGGUGAAGCGCGCACAGGACAUGGCACAGCUCGAAAUCGACGCGCUGAAGCGCGGCCUGGAAAUGUCUGCGCAUCGCGCUUCGAGCGAAAACCAAGGGCGCAUCGCCGCGCUCGAAAAGGAUCUUGCCGAGGCGCUUGAGGGCAGAAAUAUCGCGCGCGAAGAGGCAGAGGAUCUGCGUGCGCAGCUCAAUCGAUAUGAAGCGUUAACCAAGCUCCAAGACGACGCCAUGUCGGCUUCAAAGUCUCAAGUCAAAACUUUGUCCCAACGUUUGCGUUCGCUCGAGUCGUCCAUGUCUGGAUCGCCGAUGCCUGGAUCAGCUUCGCCCGCGGCUUCGCCGAGUCGAAGCUUUUUCCUAACCCCGGGAACAUUCACGCCCGGCUCACCGGUAUCGCGACCGGCGCCGACGCCGAUCACGGCGAUCCGCUCUCCGCGCUCUCCGCCCGCUUCUUCAAAUCGCUCGAUUGACGGCAUCUCGCCGAUCAAGCGUUCUUCCCCUCUGUUCAAAGGCUUGGACGGUGAGUAA